AAGGGGUGAUCCUGAAGUGGUCCAACAACCCACGUCCUCCACCAUGAUCGCACUUUUUCCGCUGCGUUUAAAGAGGGUGUGGCAAAUCUGCAGAAACGUGGUAUGAUGGGAGGCCACGGUUAUAUAUUUCUCAUGGUCCCGAACUCGAUAUCUGCGUCUUCAUUAUUCAGUAAUACACCAUCCAUAGGAGAUCAUCAGAGUUUGGAAACCAAAGGUUGAACCGAUUCCAGCAACUUGAUCCGAUGGCUGGAGUUUUACCUAGCAUAUCUGAUAUUCGUUGUGAGGUUCCCGAACUUAGAGGAGAUAACUUUAAGAUAUGGAAGGAGAGAAUUCUUCUUCAAUUAGGGUGCAUGGACAUAGACUAUGCCAUAAGGAAAGAUGAACCACAUAAGAUCACUGAUACCAGCACACCUGAACAAAUUUUGUUGUACGAACGCUGGGAGAAAUCUAAUCGCCUUAGCGUGAUGUACAUUAAGACAAAAAUCAGUGCUGGUAUACGUGGUUCAAUCGAGCAACAUGAAAAUGUUCGUGAAUUGCUAAAGGCUAUUGACGAGCAAUUCGUCACUUCAGAUAAAGCCUUGGCAAGCACCCUAAUUAUGAAGUUCACAUCCUUGAAGCUCACCGCUAUAAGAGGUGUGCGUGAACAUAUCAUGGAGAUGAGGGACAUUGUGGCUCAAUUGAAGAAACUCGAGGUAGAAAUGUCUGAAUCUUUCCUGGUGCACUUUAUCCUUAACACUCUUCCACCUCAAGGAAGGAAGGUUAAUGAUGGAACAGGGAGAAAGUGCCAUGCUGGUGACGCAAAGGAAAGGAAAGAAAGGAAAAUCUCAAGCUAG